AUGAACUGGGGACCUGCUAAUCUGGAUACCAUAACGCUGAAAGAUUUUGAACGUGCUCUCAAGCCGGACAUGUUCAAGAAGUCAGACCCCUUUUACAGUUAUGAUCCGUCGACGUAUUACAACUGUCUGCAAAAGUUUUCUACCGUGUCCGAGAAGGGAGAUCACCGCUGGCUUGUUUUGAUUGAAGAAGCCGAGCGCCCGACGCCAGAGAUUUUGCACGAAACUGGCUGCAUUAUGCGUGACAUGUCAUGGAACCCCCAAGCGUCCCGCUGGUCCCUCGCUAUGUGGGCAGCCGCGGCGGAGAUGGACUUUAACCCCUCCAUCGCCACUCUGGCACUGUACCUCGUCCGUUCGGGCAUGUUUGGAUCUUCACCUCUUUUCAUAUCAGCCGAGUCCCGUUUCCAAGCGCUGGCCAAGACGGGCCAGGACCCUAACGCGCUCGUGGUUGAAGGCGAAAUGCUCCGACGGCGGGGGACGUACAACGCAAGCAUCAGAGUUUUCCAGCGAGCACUAGAGACAGGGGGCGAGAAUUUCACCUGGGCGCCGUUGUGUGAACAACAGAUAGCCCAAUGCUACCGAAAUCUUGGGAAGGAAAGCGACGCGUUGGAGCACUACCGGAGAGCGGUCAAGAUGGGGCUUGAGGAGGCGCAUGAGGGUAUCGCCAUGUUAUCUAAGGAUGCUGACGAGACUUACGAGAGCAUGUACAAGGCUGCGUGUCUGAACCCAAAGUUAUUUUCACACUUGGCGCAGAUGGAAUUGGAAAGGUCGACCGAAUUGAAGGAUGAGGGAGCCCUCAAAGAGGCUGUGAAAUGGGCGACUGAGUGGUCGGAGUUAGCAAAUGUACCAGAAAAGCCCUGA